GCGCCGCGGCCGCGCAGGCGCGGGGCGGCACACCGGAAGUGAGUGCCGAGGCGGCUGCGGGCCUGCUCCCGCGCCGUCCGCCGCUGCUGGCUCGGCACCAUGCUGCCCCUCUCCAUAAAGGAUGAUGAGUACAAGCCGCCCCGGCUUAACCUGCUCAGGAAGGUGUCGGGAUGGUUCAGGUCCAUCCUGGCGGACAAGACCUCCCGCAACCUCUUCUUCUUCCUCUGCCUCAACCUCUCCUUCGCUUUCGUGGAGCUGCUCUACGGCAUCUGGAGUAACAGUUUAGGUUUAAUAUCAGAUUCUUUUCAUAUGUUUUUUGAUUGUACUGCUCUAUUGGCUGGAUUAGCAGCUUCAGUUAUUUCAAAGUGGAGGUCAAAUGAUGCGUUCUCAUAUGGAUAUGUUCGAGCAGAAGUACUCGCUGGUUUUGUAAAUGGCUUAUUCCUCAUCUUUACAGCAUUCUUUAUUUUUUCUGAAGGUGUUGAGAGGGCACUGGAGCCUCCUGAUGUGCAUCAUGAGAGACUUCUUCCAGUUUCUAUACUGGGUUUCAUUGUAAAUCUUAUAGGAAUAUUUGUUUUUCAACAUGGAGGUCAUGGGCAUUCACAUGGCUCUGGGCAUGAGCACAGCCAUUCUCUAUUUAAUGGAGGUCUCAGCCACGGACACAGUCACAGAGGUCAUGGUCACAGCCAUGAGCAUAAACACGGACACACUCAUGACCAUGGCCAUAGCCAUGGAUGCUCUCAUGGUCAGGAUUAUUGCCAUGAUGACCAUUCUCUUGAAGGGAUGACUGGUUCCAGCAAGCAGAUCUUACAAGGUGUAUUUCUACACAUUGUUGCAGACACACUUGGAAGUAUUGGUGUAAUCAUAUCUGCUAUAUUAAUGCAAAACUAUGGUCUAAUGAUAGCAGAUCCUAUUUGUUCAAUGCUCAUAGCAUUACUUAUAGGUGUAAGCAUUGUUCCACUUCUAAAAGAAUCCAUUGGAAUUUUGAUGCAGCGAACUCCUCCAUCUCUGGAAAAUGCCCUGCCUCAGUGCUAUCAGAGGGUGCAGCAAUUGCAAGGGGUUUACAGUUUACAUGAUCCACACUUCUGGACCCUCUGUACUGAUGUUUACAUAGGUACUUUGAAAUUAUUAGUAGCUCCUGAUGCUGAUGGAAGGUGGAUUCUAAGCCAGACUCACAAUAUUUUUACUCAGGCAGGAGUAAGACAGCUUUACGUACAAAUUGAUGUCGCAGCCAUGUAGUGAGCUUCUGAAAUUGUGCUGUUGGACCAAAGUUUUCUGUACUGUAAUGGUAUAAAACAAGACACUUCCCAAGACAGAGCCUGCUUCCACCACUGGCCUGGAAUUGACUGAAUAGAUUUCUGUCUUUGGGCUAUGGAUGAAGUUGACUUCUAAGGAGAAAAUAUGGAAUGAAUGUUAUGGACUUUGGGUCUUGUCUUUUUGUGGCCCCCUAAACUUGUAAGUUUUUGAAGGUUUUUUACUUACUACAUUUGUUCCAAUAGGAAACUAAAAUGGUGGUACUGGAAACCCUGUAAUGUCUUCAGAAAAGCUGCUGAAACCACUGCUCAUUCCCAUAAAACCAGUGUUAUCAAAAAUUGGAAACUUGUUUUGUACAUAAUGUCACAAUGGCUGACAUGCUUCGAUACAAUUAUAUGUUUGUACAAUUGUUUGUACUUUGCAAACUUAAUGAACCAAACCAUAUUGGGUUUUCAAAGUGCCUUUUAUAUCAUGAGAGGUAUUUGCCAGCGUAAAUACGAAGCAUCAAAGGGUUUUACUACUUCUACAAAUAUAUCUUGUAUGCAGUCUGAUUAUUUACUAGUGAUGUAUGUGGGGACUUUGUAUACUUGCAUAACAGUAGAUGUUAAGACUUCCCUUAUUAUUGCAUUGUACCAAACAGGAAAAAUUCUGAAGGUAAAAGGCAAAGCCCUUGUCAAGAGACUUGCUUCCAAAACAAGCUGGGUAUUUUGUUGCACAUAUUUUGUGGAAACUAUUUUAGUCAAGGAUUUAGAUUUAACUCCAAUUCUUAGUCUCUUCAUUCUGUUGAGAGUAAUGAGAUGUUACGUGAUGCUACCCAUGUUCAUAGUCACUGAAACAACAGACAGCUGAGGGAAUUGUUUCCGUGGUUGAUGGAAACAAUGCAUGAAGCUUUUUUAUUUUCCAGACUGUAAGAGCAAACAAAAUUACACCCCUAUCUUUGAGAAAGUCUAAAUCUCUUUGAUUUUAACAGCUUGUAGUAAUUCUUGUUAAAGUGAUUGGUGAGGUAACUUUUGCCUCUCCAAAUACUAAAGUUAUGUUCCUGGUGGUUAUACCUGAAAUAAAGACCACUCUUCGUGUUAUUUAAGGUUAUGCUUUUCCAGGAUGACAAGUCAGAUGUUUUUUUACUAUCUCACUGUAGCCUUUUGUAUUUUCACUGGAGAAGACAUUCUCAAUAGAGUAAGUUGUUUUUUUUUCCAGAAACAUUAGUUGUUCUGUAGUCAUUUUAUGCUUUCCAAUCUGAGCAUUGUUCUCAAAACGACAAUCUGCUAUACUUGAUAUUACAUAUAAUUCCACUAUGCUGUUGUAGUUAAAUUAGUAACAGCAGGUUUUGUAAGGGAACAUUCUACUUACAAGUAGAUCAUUGUGGAGAGAGAAACAAGACAGCCAUUUGUCUAGUAAAUCAUAGCCAUUACUGCCAGUUAUAGAUUUUAAAUAUUCUUCAGGUACCGAUACAGAGUAGUACUGCAAUCAAAGCCUGCUGAAGUCAGCAGUGUCUUUGAAGUAAGUGCUAGGCAUUGGGAAAGUACUGAAGAUUUCUUUGCAGAAAUGGUUUGUUUACCACUGAUGUUACUAAAUUCAUGAUAAGAGGAAGUUUCUGGCACUUUCUGUUGCUCCUGUAUAGCAUCUGAACUUUGAUCUCUCUUUAUGUGAAAACACUGACGGUUGCCAAAUUGAUAAUAGCUGGUACCUGAAUUCUCCUAAUGAAACACAGAAACAUUACUGUUGAUUUUGUAGAAAGCUUGCAAUUAUACUUUUUGAACUUGCAACUGAAAACUGGGAGUAAAGAAUUACAGCAGUAAAAAAGCCACAUACCUCUUCUAAACUUUAUGGUCCCUUCCAGUCUUCAGAGCCUUCUUAAUCCUUAUUGCUGCUUUCUGAUCUUACUCAUUUCUCCAGGGCUGCAGGUGCAGCGUGCCUUAUCAGGCAGUUUGCACUGACCUACAUCCACCUCCUCUAGGCUCCUGCCUCAAUCCUCUGUCAGGCUUGCCUCCCAUCUCACCUUGCAGGUGCUCUGCCAGCUGUGGAUCCAGAGUGGAGGAUGAAAAGUUAUAUGGGGCAGGGCAGGGUGCAAGAAUCUGUUGAGCAAAUUUGACUGUAUCAGCUUAAGAUACCAUACAUGACCACAGAAAAGGUAAUUAAAAGACAGCUGGAAGUCAUCAUUUUGCAGAGGUGCAUGUAGACUGUUGCUUCUUUGACAACAUAAUUACUUGAUGUUGUAGUCAAUGUUUAAAGGCAAGUACUAGCCAGCUCCAUUACAACUGUGAUGAUCAAAGAGCUCAGUUUGAUUUAAAUUAUCUUUAUAGAAGCUCAGAGCAUCUUUGGGAUCUGAGUAUUCCUGGAUUUGCUGAAAUAUAUUGUAGCGCUGCCCAAGUUGUUGGGCUUGGCCACUAUUUUAGUAGUCUUAAUGAACAGACAACUGCUACAACUUGUUUCCAAGUGAGAGUCUACCCAAGUGGCAGUUGGGUGGGUUUUCUGUGUUUGUUUGGGUUUUUUUUAAAGAUGUAUAUCUACAAAAGUUUUCAUUAUAGGAAAUAAAGUGCAAAAGCCUACAACCUGGUUAUAAUUACACUGUUGAUUUUCAUCAUUUUUGACAUCUUUUUAUUGCUUAGGAGGGCUUGAGACUUCUAAUCAGUGUACGACCUUAAUUUUUAAGGAUGACGUGAUGGUUUACAGUAAGAAAUACAUCUUUUGUGAAAUACAUUUUUGAGGGUGAUUUAGGGAGGCCAGACUCGCAGACUUUUAAGCCUUUUUAGCCCUUCUGAGAAAGGAUAAGCAUUGUGAAGUUCUACAGAAGACAGUAGAUGGCCUGUCCCAGUAGCUAACUGCAAUCACGUUUAGCUCUCCUAUGCCAGUAAGCAAUAACAUUUGACUGAUUUUGUUCUUUUCCAGCUGCUAAGGAGCUACUUGCUGAAGUUUUAGGAGAGUACAAACCAUGCAGCUGAAAGUGCAGCCUUUUUUUAUCUUAAACAUCAAAACUGAGUUAUUUUGAUUUGCUGAUUAGGUAGCACUUGGCUUAUAUAAUAUUUUGUUUUUAACACAUUAAUGGAUACAUCACCUUGUUUAAGUGGACUUGUGUGGGUAACUGAUAUCCAGUAAUGGAUAAGUGUCUGCAGAUCGUCUGCUAAAACUGACUUUCCUAGCAAACUGUAUGGAAGUUUGAGCCAAGUUUUCAAAGUCUGCUUUCCUUAUGUUUUCAUGUAGCUGAACCUUAAUGUAGGGUUUCUGAUCUAAGUGAUUUUUUUCUGUGAAAGAAAAUAGUAACUUAAAACUACAUAGACCAAAGUCCAGUCCUGCAAACUGUGUUUUUACAGGACAUACAGCAAAAUGAUAUUUUACUUUGCUGAGAGCAAUCCAUGAAAUACUUGACUGUGUUUCUGAAGAGUUUUAAAAAAAAAAAAAAAAAAAAACCUGCUCCAGAACGCCUGUGCUUAAAAUGCCCUCAGUGUAGUGGUAAAUGUGGCCCUUGGAGAGAGCUUGAUUUGCUAAAGGGAGAAAGUGCAAGUUAAAUGGCUCUAGUUCUGUGUAAUACUGCUUGCUAAAAGUCAAGCUUAAUCUCAUUAGUAAGAGCUGGUGACACUAUUUACACAGAAAUUGAAACUUGCUGCUACUAAUAGAAUAGAUCUUAGCAACUUUUAACAUUUUUAUUUCUUACUUGAGUUUAAAGGUAGAGGAAGAAAAGGGUAUCUUUUUUUCUGUUGGUCAGUGAACCUGUUUCAGGAAGGUAAACAGAAGGUGAGAGAAGCUGUUCCUGAACUGCAGUUUUCCACCCUUGAAUAUUCAAGAUGCAAUCAAAUUGUAAAGCUCGUGGCUUUUGGCCCCGACUGAGUGUAGAUUUCAGUUGCUGAAACCUUGGUGCUUUCAAAUCUUAAGGUAACUCACGUAAUCGGAUAAUUUCAAUGCCUGUUCUGAACAACAGCUUUAGUUAUUGAUUAGCUCUGUCCUGUUUUCGCCAGCAGCCACUGACUGCCACUUGCUAUGAUUGUUGGGUACCCCAUUCCAUUUAUGAGUUUAUAAGAGUAAGUAAAAAGAGGAUUUAAAAUUUCUUAAUAAUUCAUUUCCUUAUCUCUUGCACUGAUUCAGUGGUUAAUUUGUCCUGUACACUUCUAGCAAAAUCCAUGUCUGCAACUUGCUGGAAUUCCCUUUUGGAUUUCUCUCCCCAUUCAGGCUUUUUUUGAAGUGACCGUAUAUGUUGGGACUUCAUUGGCCAGAGACUGCUAUAAUGUGAAAAGGUGCCAGUUAUUCUACUCUUGUCUCUGGUAUGCGAAGACUACGUUUCACUAUGUGCAAAUACUGGUUAAUCUAUUUGUUUCAGUGAGCCACAAAAGGUUCCUGCCUAUGUGGAAAUUUGGCAGAAAUCAUGUGCAAAAGGAGUGAGUUGUGUAUUUCAUUUUCCAUGUGCAUUAAAGUCUUUCUUUCUUGUCUGUGCUAGAA